AUGCAAAAGUCGGUGCGGCGCGGCGAUAUGGGCGAAGUCGUGGUGGAUGGCGUUACGUUUGUGUUUGACGAGACGGGCACGAAGCUGGUCAAGAAAGGAAGUGCGGAUGCGCCACAGAUAAGCACUGCGCAAACGAGUACCACGCCUCUGCAGACCUCUGUCCAUGGCGAAGAUUAUGUGCGCACCAAGCGUGGAAACCUGAUCAACAAAAAGCUGGUCGUAGAACGCCGCGCGACACGCGCGAAAGCACUGCAGGCCGAACACUCUGCGACGCCUGCGCAUACAGUGGGCGACGUGCAGAGCAAGCUGCGCCCUUUGCAUACGCCACGCGCCCUUUGCAAUUACUAUACCCGGACCGGCGCUUGCCGCCGCGGCAUCGCCUGUCCAUUUCAGCACGACCCCUCUAAGCGUGCCAUCUGCCCGGGCGUUUUGAAACCGACAGGAUGCGUACACCCACGGGGUGCAUGCCUUUUAUCCCAUACCCCCUCAGCGCACAGUAUGCCGCAUUGUGUGCAUUACUUGCGUACAGGAACGUGCCGCAACGGCGAGUCGUGUGAGUAUACCCAUACCCGGAUGGCCCCUGACGCCCCUCUCUGCCGUCCUUUCUCACAGCUGGGUUGGUGCGACGAGGGCGCAGCGUGUGUGCAGCGGCAUGCGCGCGAGUGCCCCGACUUUUCCGCGCAAGGUGCGUGUAAGAGCAAGGGGUGCCGCCUCGCGCAUGUCGAUCGCGCCGCGCCGGAUGUGCCUCUAGAGCCCGGCCCUGAUACGCUUUUCGUGCGCGACGACAGCGGCGCAGCUGAAGAGACGCGUUAUUUUGACGAAGCACCGGAGCCCGAGCAGCUGCACGCCGAGACCAUGCACGGGAGCACAAAGGCAUUCGCACAACAGCGCGACUUUAUCUCCUUGGACGACGCGCCGGUGUCGGAUACAUCGGACACCGAGUCUGUACUAAGCUAUGCUACGGCUGAAAGCGACGAGGAGGUAGAGCGUAUACUGAGUAUAUGA